UUGGGGGGGAAACAUCCCAGAUUUCUGCCAUCUGCUUGCACGCCUGGGCAGGGGCGGGGGACACCCCCCUACGGCCCCCCGCCCCCGUCAGGGCAUCGGAAGGGCAGGUGGAGCCGAAGGCAUCGAGCGCAGUAACCUGAUCCUGCGGGGGAGGAUCCGGCGGCCCCGCUCGGCUGCUCGGCGCGGCGUGCCGCGGCCCUGGCCGGGGAGGAAGCUGCCUGCAGCCGAGGGCUGGGCCCGGGAGCGCGGGCCCGGCCGCAGCGCUGCCUCCUCUCCCGGCCCAUCUAUUUUUAAUGAGGCGACCGGGCCUCUGCAUCGGGCAGGCAGGCCGCAGAGAGGCAGGCCCAGGCGGUGGAGGCCGGAGGCCCCAGCCCUGCCCCGAGGCCCGGGCCCCCGCACCCGUGUGGGCAUGAGAGGGCGGCCCUGGGGCCCCGCAGCCCCCCAGCCGGGCUGGGCUCUCCAUGCAGCUGGUGCUGAAGAUGGAUUCGAGCCCAGACAGUGACAGCUGGUUGGAGGAUCAGUGGGAGCGCUGGCUCACGCAUGACAUCAGCCUGGAGGAGUUUGAGGAUGAAGACCUGUCGGAGAUCACCGAUGAGUGUGGCAUCAGCCUGCAGUGCAAGGACGCGCUGUCCUUACGGAGAUUCUAUAAACUCUGCCUGGCAAAAGGAAACCAAAGGCCCCCGCGCUCUGGGCUGCUGUCUGGGGGCGGCGCGGGGAGCCGGCUGCAGGCCGAGAUGCUGCAGAUGGACCUGAUCGACGCGGCGGGGGACACUCCCGGCGCCGAGGACGACGAGGAGGAGGAUGAGGAGGAGCGCGCGGCGCUGCGGCCGGGAGCUGGGCCGCCCGAGGCCGCGCCCCGCCAGGAGCCGGCGCCCCGCGGCCAAGGCCAGGGCCAGGGCCAGGGCCAGGGCCAGGGCCAGGGUCCGGGCGGCGGGGACACCUACCGGCCCAAGCGACCCACCACGCUCAACCUCUUUCCGCAGGUGCCGCGGUCUCAGGACACGCUGAACAACAAUUCUCUGGGCAAGAAGCACAGCUGGCAGGACCGCGUGUCUCGCUCCUCGUCACCCCUGAAGACAGGGGAGCAGACCCCUCCGCAUGACCACAUCUGCCUGAGCGACGAGCUGCCGCCACAGGGCAGCCCUGUGCCCACCAAGGACCGCGGCACCUCCACUGACAGCCCCUGCCGCCGCAGUGCCGCCACCCAGAUGGCACCCCCCAGUGGUGCCCCCGCCGCACCCGCGGGGGGCCGGGGCCACGCACACCGAGACCGCAUCCACUACCAGGCGGACGUGCGGCUCGAGGCCACCGAGGAGAUCUACCUGACCCCAGUGCAGCGGCCCCCAGACCCCGCAGAACCCGCCUCCGCCUUCCUGCCGCCCACCGAGAGUCGCAUGUCCAUCAGCUCUGACCCCGACCCCGCCGCCUACCCCUCCACCACAGGGCGGCCUCACCCCUCCAUCAGCGAAGAGGACGAGGGCUUUGACUGCUUGUCGUCCCCGGAGCGGGCCGAGCCGCCGGCUGGGGGCUGGCGGGGGAGCCUGGGGGAGCCGCCACCACCCCCCAGGGCCUCCCUGAGCUCGGACACCAGCGCCCUGUCCUACGACUCAGUCAAGUACACGCUGGUGGUGGACGAGCACGCCCAGCUGGAGCUGGUGAGCCUGCGGCCGUGCUUCGGAGACUACAGCGACGAGAGCGACUCGGCCACUGUCUAUGACAACUGCGCCUCAGCCUCCUCGCCUUACGAGUCGGCCAUCGGCGAGGAGUACGAGGAGGCGCCCCGGCCGCGGCCCCCCGCCUGCCUCUCCGAGGACUCCACCCCCGACGAGCCCGAUGUUCACUUCUCCAAGAAGUUCCUCAAUGUCUUCAUGAGUGGCCGCUCACGCUCCUCCAGUGCCGAGUCCUUUGGUCUCUUCUCCUGUAUCAUCAACGGCCAGGAACAGGAGCAGACCCACCGGGCCAUCUUCAGGUUUGUGCCUCGGCACGAGGACGAACUGGAGCUGGAAGUGGAUGACCCGCUGCUCGUGGAGCUGCAGGCUGAGGACUACUGGUACGAGGCCUACAACAUGCGCACCGGCGCGCGGGGCAUCUUCCCGGCCUACUACGCCAUCGAGGUCACCAAGGAGCCCGAACACAUGGCAGCCCUGAGCAAAAGCAGCGACUGGGUGGACCAGUUCCGGGUGAAGUUCCUGGGCUCCGUGCAGGUGCCCUACCACAAGGGCAAUGACGUCCUCUGCGCCGCUAUGCAAAAGAUCGCCACUACCCGCCGGCUGACCGUGCACUUUAACCCGCCCUCCAGCUGCGUCCUCGAGAUCAGCGUGCGGGGGGUGAAGAUCGGCGUCAAGGCCGACGACUCCCAGGAGGCCCAGGGGAAUAAAUGUAGCCACUUUUUCCAGUUAAAAAACAUCUCUUUCUGUGGAUACCAUCCAAAGAACAACAAGUACUUUGGGUUCAUCACCAAGCACCCCGCCGACCACCGGUUUGCCUGUCAUGUCUUCGUGGCAGAGGAGUCCACCAAAGCCCUGGCAGAAUCCGUGGGGAAAGCCUUCCAGCAGUUCUACAAGCAGUUUGUGGAGUACACCUGCCCCACAGAGGACAUCUACCUGGAGUAGGGGCACGGCCCCCCCCACCUGCCCCCUCCCCAAGCCCCGCAGCACACCCGGUGCUGCUGGAGGCGGAGGAGGGGCGCCCACCACCGCUGCGGAAGGGAAAGUGGGGGGCCCUCUGGCUGAGGGUGGGGGAGGGCGGGGUUGGGGGAGAGGCACACGCAGUUUAUUGUAAUAUACGGGAGUAGAUUCAUCUAUGGAGGACAGAGCGGGCUGCUCGGGGGUUGAGGGGCACGGAGCUGUGGGGGAGGGGUGGGCCAUGAAGGACGCGCCCGUCCGAGCCGCCCAGGGGCCCGCCCUAUCCCGGGCCUCGGGCUUUCUUGGCUGUUGGCUCCUGCCCUGGAGAAGCCUUGACAUGCCACCUAGGGUGCCCCCACCCUGCCCCCAACUCCCAGUCUCACCCCUUGGGCUCCUGGGCUCAGGGAGAACCCGGCCCACCCCCUCCCGACCCCCUAGGCCUCUGCCAGAAGGAAACACUGGCAGGUGGAGGCCAGGCCUGGUUCCCAGCGCUGGCACUUGGGUGCCCGCUGGGGGCUCCCCUGCAGCCUCCCUGGCAUGCUGGCCCUGGCAGGUGGAGCCUCACGGGGAGGGCGCGCUGCCCAGCAGGAAACGGCAGCUUCUGGACUGGCCCAGGCCCAUCCUGGUCCCGCCCCUGGCGACAGCUAUUAAAGUGCCAUUUCCUGUCUGGA